AUGACGCGGUCCGGACAAGCGUGCUGGCCGGCCGCUGGCGCCACGCCUGGAGAUCCAUCCGCCGCCUGCACAUCAGCCCCAAGGACGGGUGGGACAGGCCCCAACAUCUCAAGGAUUUCUUGGACGCUCUGCUGCCCCCCGGCGACCAUGGCGUGCUGCAAAGGAGGUGAGCUGGGGCAGUGCUGUGGCAGCUGUGCAGAAUGUACUGGUGACGAUGACCAUAGCGGCCGCUGCGUGCUUCUUGGAGGCUUGUCGGCUGCUGUGAAUUUGGAGCUGGUAGCUCACGCUGGAAUGGCCGGAGGAAGGAGACGAACCGAGUGUAAGGGGAGACGAGAGAAAUACUUACAUGUGUCCAUCCAUGGCGUCAGAGCAGCAGGAGAGCGGCGUCCCAGGAGGGAAAGAAGGAAGCACACGGAGCACCUGCACGCGCGCACAUCAGGGAGGGGAGCGGCUCCAAUCGAAACCUGUUCAGAUAGCAUAGCAACACACACAGUGGUUAGUGGAGACGGUAGAAAAGUUAAACAACAGACAUACGGAUUGCUGUGGAAAUUUGCAGGAGAAUCAUUGUCUGUCGCAUACAUGGCUAGAAUAAUUUUCAGGUGCAUAUACUGCGGCACCCUUUCGAAAAAACACAUGUUAAAUAUGCACCUUUUGAGAACAUUUUCAUUUGUGGUUCUAUAUUAGCUGCUGAUACAGGUAAAGAAGUGUAUCAUAUAUGAUGUUAGUCUGAAACCACCAUCGCCCAUUAUGAAAAAAAAUAGCUUGAGAGGUGA